CAGCAACAACAACAAGAACAGCAGCAACAGCAACAACAACAGCAACAACAACAACAACAACAACACAACAACAACACAACAACAACAACAGCAACAACAACAAGACAGCAGCAACAGCAACAACAACAGCAACAACACAACACAACAACAACAAACACAACAACAACACAACAGACAACAACACAGCAACAACAACAAGAACAGCAGCAACAGCAACAACAACAGCCACAACAACAACACAACAACAACAACAACCAACAACAACAACAGCAACAACAACAACAGCAACAACAACAACAGCACAACAGCAACAACACACAACAACAACAACCAACAACAACAACAACAACAACAACAACAACAACAAAACAACAACAACAGCAACAACAACAAGAACAGCAGCAACAGCAACAACAACAGCAACAACAACAACAACAACAACAACAACAACAACAGCAAACCACACUCAACAAAGACCACACCCAACAAAGACCACACCCAACAAAGACCACCCCUAAACAAAGACCACACUCAACAAAGACCACACCCAACAAAAACCACACCCAACAAAGACCCACUAACAAAGACCACACUGAACAAAGACCAAAACUCAACAAAGACCACACUCAACAAAGACCACACUCAACAAAGACCACACUCAACAAAGACCACACUAAACAAAGACCACACUCAACAAAGACCAACCCAACAAGACCACACCCAACAAAGACCACACUCAACAAAGACCCACUAAACAAAGACCACACUCAACAAAGACCACACUCAAAAAAGGGACCACACCCAACAAAGACCACACUCAGCAAAGACCACUCAACAAAGAACCACACUGAACAAAAAGACCACACUCAACAAAGACCCACUGAACAAAGACCACACCUGAACAAAGACCACACUGAACAAAGACCACACUGA